CGCCCUCAACCCUGCCUCGGCCCAGCAGCAGGUCUGUGGCGCCCCUGAUCAAGUAGUGAGGUACUCUGAAGACGAAGUGAUGUUUUCCAGUGCAGAAGGAUACAAUCUGUGGAGCGCGGGGUACGUGCAGCCGGGAAGUGAUUUUAGAGGGAUCAGCGUCAAAGUAAAACAAGGGAAUGUUCAACACGUAGCUUGGUUCCCUGCUGACCCUUGCUUCCCUGACACAGGAGAGAAGUGGGUGCCGCUGAGAGUGGAGGUAAAGUACUUAUACUACAGGAAAACACCGUCGACUCACAAUUCAUAUCCUUAUGUAUGCUUCGCUCGCUUCCAGCUGAGCACAAAUUACUGCCAAUGGACAUGUGAUAGCCAUGGCGUAUGUCAGUUAAUUGGAAAUCUGAGUGUUGUGGCUCAUGGGCCCUCAUAUUGGAGAAGGAACCAUCCAGGAAUAACGUGUCUUGCAAAUGUGGUGUCGACUCCACAGCCCACCGAUGCGUACAUCUGCGAGAACCCUCCAUUCAGGCCACCUUCACGCACUAUCCCACCUACAACCACCACCCCAACCACGACUACAACCACCCCAACAACGACUACAACAACCACAACCACGACUUCCACCAUCCUAACCACUACGGAAAAGACAUCAACACCCACAACCACAGAUCCCUUCCCGUCCCCUGCGUCAUCUGCGUCUUCGUCGGUGGUGCUGCUAAUAGUGGUGCCGGUGGUGGCGGUGGUGAUAUUCCUGGUGAUAGUGGUGGUGGUGGUGGUGGUGGUCUGCCGCAGGCGACGAAGACGCAGAUCAGCGGCAUCACUCAUGGGGGUCCAGUAUCAUCACCAGCUUGACCCACCCACACCCACACAAGACUAUGUCAUCGAGAACAACCUGUAUGAACCACUCGGAGGCCUCGUAAACCCCACUGGACCCAGGGAAGACCAGCAACAAGUAUACGUCGUGGAGAACAACCUGUAUGAACCUCUCCCUGGACCUGUAAACCCCACCAGAGCCAGGGAUGACCAGCAACAAGUAUACGUCGUGGAGAACAACCUGUAUGAACCUCUCCCUGGACCUGUAAACCCCACCAGAGCCAGGGAAGACCAGCAACAAGUAUACAUCGUGGA